UUUACAGAAAGCAAGAUGAUUCUUAAAGAAAAUAUUUCAGAAUAUCAACCAAAAUUGAUAAAGAAAAUCAUGCUCACUUUUUGCUGGAUCCUAGCAUUGUUUGUCAAUGGGGCAGAAGUUAGAGAGACUAACCUGCUAGGAUGUUCCCAUGUUGAACCUCAAAUAUGGUAUCGUGCAAUUAGUGGUGAGGAAUUUGUUUUACAAUGUGCUUUACCAGAUAGAGAUGCUACCCACAUUUAUAACAACAACUCACUUCUAAAACAACAUAAGGUGAAGUGGUUCUGGCAAAAAGACAAAGAGCCACUGAAGGCUAUCAAGGAAAGCUCUAAUCCUGCUCUCCAAGGGGAUGCACUUUGGUUUAAACCAGUAAGGGACAGUGAUUCUGGAGUGUUCAUCUGUGUGAUAUGGGAAAAAAUCCCAUGUCUCAAAAUUGUUUUGGAGGUUCAAACAAAAAAGGUAGCAAAAUGUUCAGCUUAUGACACAAACACGGUCUAUCUUCGUGCUGGCAAUGGGAAUUCAAUAAUUUGUCCUGGGACAAAAUGCUACAGCCAUAUAAAAAAAACAGAUGUAAAAUGGUACAAGGAUGGUCAUCAGAUAAAACAUAGGAAAACCAGAAAAAGCCUAAAGCUUAAGCAUAAUGAAAUCCACUUGAAUCCAACCUAUGACAAAGACGCUGGAAUAUAUGUGUGUGAUUAUGUUCUAUAUGACAACACUACCAAGUGGACAAUGAGAACAACAGUUACAGUAGAAGUCAUCGCAAAAAACACUAUCCAUCCACCCAACUUCUUGUAUCCCAAUGGUGUGGUGAUCCUCGAAGCAGAGCUUGGAAAGCCACUUGAAUUGGAAUGCCGUGUGCAGUUUGGGUUUGAAAGAUCUUCUCUGAGGAGGGUAACAUGGAAAAGAAACAACAAAGAAAAUAUAAAUGAGAAAUUGAGUCAGGAAACAAGUGUUUAUCCAGCAGGUUUAAAGGGGCACACACUUCUUCAUGUUGCAAAACUGAAAGAAGUUACUGAAAGGGACCUCGGAAGCAACUUCACAUGCUUUGCUGAGAAUUCAGUGGGGAAUGCCACAGCUGUGAUCCAGCUGAAAAGAAAGCAGAGAGUGUUUCUCUUACAUGUCCUAUGCAGUGCCAUUUCUAUCCUAUUUGCAUUACUUUUGUGCGCUGCCUUUGUUUACCAGCACUGGAUUGAAAUAGUGCUGAUGUACCGAAGUUAUUUGGUCCACAAUGAAACUACAGGAGAUGGCAAAGAAUUUGAUGCAUUUGUGUCGUAUGCAAAACUAGACUCUUCUGAAAGUAACUCUACUUUAAUUAGUGAAGCAAAAUUUGCCCUGGAGCUUCUUCCAGAUAUGCUGGAAACUAAAUAUGGAUACAAGUUAUGCAUUCUUGAAAGAGAUAUUCUUCCAGGAGGAGCAUACACAGAUGAAGUUGUUACAGCUAUUAAACAAAGCAGACGAGCAAUAAUUAUUUUGAGCCCAGCCUACGUCAGUGGGCCAAGCAUCUUUGAACUGCAGGCAGCGGUGAACUGUGCCUUGGAAGACAAAAAGAUCAAGCUGGUAUUAAUAAAGUUCCAGGCUUUCCAAGAGCCAGAGACUUUGCCUCCAGUGGUGAAGAAAGCUCUUCGGAUUUUACCAGUCAUUACCUGGAAGUCUUCUGUUUCUGGUGCUCCAAACAAGUUCUGGAAAUAUAUGCGUUACCACAUGCCAGUGAAAAGUACUAAAAUGUUGGGAAAUUGGAGCCUAAAGGACUUUUCCCUAAGGUUAUUCAGCCUGGUAUAUCGAUAG